AUGGGCCUUGUGCUCCUCUUGCCUACUCUCUUGGCGGCGCUCACGGCUUUCUCGUCACCGCCGCCGCCGCCUGUCCCGCACUAUCUCGCCGAGUCGCUCACCUACGAUUGGUGGGCCUCGUUGAGUCGCCGUCCGUUUGUCUUUGCCAACGGCUCGAGCGGUGGCGAGAUCCCAUUCAUGGAGCCCCGAUCAUCGCCGGCUGACGUCGAUGCUCUCCUGGACGCCAUGUAUCGUGCCGAGCGCGCCGCCGCCGCCGCCACCCAGUCUGCAGGCUUUGUCUCCAAGGCACAUGCGGCUGACUUUGCGUACUCGCUUCCGCUUGGUGCCCUCGAGCUCCACAACGUCAGCUGGGCAACCGACACCCUCUCUGUGGCGGCAACGCUUCAGUUUGGCCCGUCGAUGGAUCUGUUUGCGGUUGUCGACGGCGGUGCGCGUGGGAUGAAGAUGCUCGGCAUGCUUGCGGAACCUCUGCUAGCUGCACUCAACGCUACCUUUGCCAUCUACCCCGCGUACCAGACCCUACCGUCGACCAACGACGCGCUGGCGGUCCCGUCCUGGCUUCUGUGGUCCGGCACAUACGCCAUGUACGGCCAAGCGCUCUCAUGGAUGCUCCCGCUCUUUGCGUGCAUGCUUGUGGAAGAGCGUGCCUCGUCGUAUCUCGAGUACAUGCGAGUGUACGGUCUGCAAGCAACAACGUACUGGACGGCGUAUGUGGCGUUCAGCUUUGCCGAGUAUGUUCCGAUCAUGCUCCUUUGCCUCGGCCUCGGCAUCGCGUCGGGUGACCCGCUUUUUACUUACGGUCUCGGCGGCACGUUGGGCAUCUCGCUGCUGUGGGGCGUGACACUGGUCGGCCUCGCCUUGGUCCUCUCUGCGGUCUUCUCGUCGACGCGCAUGACCGGCGCCGUGCUGUACGUGGCGGUCUUUCUGGCUCCGGCCUUUGAGCAGGCUGUCCAGACCCAGGCUCUGACCUCGGAUUGGCCGGCCUACCUCUUGCUCGUCUUUCCGCCAGCUGCGUUUAUGCGAGCGCUUUUCUUGUGGAACCAGUACAUGCUGGUUUCGAACGGCAUGGGCUAUCAGACGGCGGCAUCGCUCGGCGCGAUGGCCUCGGCAAGCCGGCUCAAGUCCAAGCUGGUGCUCUCGUUGGGCAUGCUGGCUGUGGAAGCGGUUGCGCUCAUGGCGUGCGGCCUGUACCUCAACCGGGUUCUCCCGCUCCGCGGCGGCGGCAUUGCCAAACACUGGCUCUUCUGCUGCUCGCGGAAGAGUGCAAGCGGUGGACCAAGUCACGGCGAGCUGUGGGGCGACGACGAGGCCAGCUCACCAAGACGAGUCCACGCUGCGCUUACUUCUGUCCUUGUGCGUGAGGAACGGAACGCGGCUCACGCGCGCGAGGCGCGACUUGCAGGCCUGCGGGCGUUUGCGGACUCUGCGCGACGACAGGCGCUCGGGUUUGGGCGAGAGGUGCGAUCCGCUGAUGGAUCGCACUCGUCUGGUGGCGAGCCCGAGCUCGGUUCAGCGUGGGUAGCGGAUCCAAUGUGGGAGCCGGAUCUCAACGGCGAGCCUGUCAUUGUUGCUGAGCGGCUGUGCAAGACGUACACCUCUGGCCGGCGUGCCAAGCACGCGGUCGAGGACCUCACGCUCAACAUCAGUGGCCGGGUCUUUGGCCUGCUGGGGCCCAACGGAGCCGGCAAAACGACCCUGAUCAAGAUGCUGAUGGGAGUUCUCAAGCCGAGCUCAGGAGUGGUGCUUGUGGGUGGGCAUGCUGUGACCGACAAUCCGGACGCUAUCGCGCCGCUCAUCGGAGUCUGUCCACAGACCUGCGUCCUCUGGCCGGAGCUCACUGUGGUCGAGCACGUGCGAUUCUUUGCGCGGCUCCGGGGCAUCCCUCCUCACCUCCUGGAGACCCAUGUGGCAUCUGCACUGGCCCAAGUGCAGCUCAACGCGCCGCAGAUGCGCGCAUCGAGGGCGGCUACGCUCUCGGCUGGCGUCCAGCGGCGGCUGACGCUCGCAGUGGCGCUUCUGGGCUCGCCGCGCAUCCUUUUCCUGGACGAGCCGACGGCAGGCCUCGAUGCUGGCUCGAGGCGUGCGCUUUGGGACGUGCUCGCGCGGAUCAAGAACUCUCGAACCCUCGUCCUCACCACGCACUCGAUGGAAACGGCAGAGCGUCUCUGUGACACCAUCGGCAUCAUGUCACGUGGCCGGCUCAUCUGCUGCGGCACGCCUCGCGAGCUCAAGGACGAGUUUGGCUCUGGGUACCGGCUGACGCUAGUCACGACCAACGACGCCCACGCCAUUGCCGCGCUCCGGACCUUUGUGCGUGAUCUGCUGCCUGCGGCAAACUUGGUCCAUGCUUUUGGCGGCCGCAUGGUGUUUUCGGUCCCGCGGCUAGGAGUCCCGCUUGCCUCGAUCUUCCGCGAUGUCGCCGCCGUCCAGGACGAGCUGUGCAUCCUCGACUGGUCUCUCUCGCGCACCACCCUCGAGGACACAUUUAUCCAGAUCGUCAACGCCGACGAACUCGAAACGGCCGCCACAGCCACUUCGCCCGACCGCAGCUGA